AUGUAUAGUAGUAUGGAUGAGGACGAAGGCUAUGAUGAAUCAUCGGUGGUGUCUUCCAUGUUGUGGGUUCGUAACCUUCGUCGGUACAUCAAAUCGGAUCCUGGCAUUAGCUCUGAAGCUAUGAUGGAACUUGAAAUAAGAAGAAUUUUGCUUAAUAUUUUCAAGGAGAAGCAUCGAAAGAAUGCAGAAGCUGGCAUAAUCCCAAGUUUCUAUAAGAAGAAACCCGAGGAUGGUUCCAUUAGCCAUACGGUUCAGAGGUUGGCAAAAUAUCGUUUUCUAAAGAAGCAAUCUGAUAUUUUGCUAGACGCCGAUGAUUUGGAUGCUAUGUGGCUUUGCUUAAGAGAAAAUUGUGUGGUUGAUGAAGCCACUGGUUCCGAAAGGGUGGGUUACGAAGACUUCUGCCAAAUUGCGUCUCUAUGUACUGAACAAAUUGGCUCAAAGUGUCGUCGUUUCUUCAACCCUUCAAAUUUUAUGAAGUUUGAAAAAGAUGAAUCAGGAAGAAUUUCCAUUCUAUCUUUUUAUCUGUACGCGAUGCGCACGGUUUCUCUUACUCAGGCCAGAAUCGAUAUGAGUGAACUUGAUGAGGAUUCUGAUGGUUUCCUUCAACCUCAUGAAAUGGAGGCUUAUAUAAGAGGUCUUAUUCCUAACUUGGCUCAGCUCCGCGAUAUGCCUGCAGCAUUUGUUCAAAUGUAUUGCCACAUAGCUGCACACAAAUUCUUCUUCUUUUGUGACCCCAGUAGGCGAGGGAAGGCUUGCAUAAAGAAGAUUUUGCUCAGCAAUUGUCUUCAAGAACUAAUGGAACUGCACCAGGAAAAUGAUGGAGAAGGUGAUACUGACCAGAAUGAUAACUGGUUUUCAGUAGCAUCUGCACAGCGUAUAUGUGAUACGUUUCUGGAUCUUGAUAAAGACACAAAUGGCACAUUAGGCAAGGACGAACUUCGAGCUUAUGCAGAGGGGUCCCUGACGGAUAUUUUUAUUGAGAGAGCUUUUGAUGAGCAUGUCCGCCAUGGCAAAACUGUAAUCGGUCUUGCUUGGGAGAUGGACUUUGAGAGUUUUCUUGAUUUCGUUCUUGCCCUAGAGAACAAAGAUACCCCGGAAGGGUUAACAUAUCUAUUCCGGUGUCUUGAUCUGCAUGGAAGAGGAUACCUUACAGCCGCUGAUAUUCAUAUUCUAUUUAGGUACGUGCGUGAGAAAUGGAUCCAGGUAGGAAAUUACGAAUUAUGCACGGAGGAUGUUCGUGAUGAAAUAUGGGAUAUGGUGAGACCGGCUGAUCCUCUAAGAAUCACACUCUCCGAUAUGUUGGCCUGCAAACAAGGUGGUACCAUAGCGAGUAUACUCAUAGAUGUCCGUGGCUUCUGGGCUCAUGACAAUAGAGAAAACCUUCUUCAAGAGGACGAAGAACCACUCGAUAUUGAUAUGACUCGCAACUAGUUUUAUAUCGCCUAAAAUGCAAAUCAUUGGUUAAUGGGUGUUCGGGUAUGCAUCGGU